UGUGUACUCAUUUAAAAACUGUACUGCACUUCUGAUAACCCAAUGCUGAAAGAAUUGCCAAAUAUUAUAUCGCUUUCUGAUGUGUCUGAAUUUUCUGGUAGAGAUCUAGUGGUUGUUAUUAAGGGCAUAUGCGUGCAGCAUUGUGGUUAAUAGAUGACUUGCGAUCACGAAUCUCGGUACCGUAAACAAGAUUGGGACAUCUCUUGUAAACACUGAUAAGAUUGUCUUAAGAACCUCUUGUGUUUAGGAAGUAUCAUGUUAGGAAAUGAUUAGAAAUUUAGUACUUCAAAGAUGAAGAGAAUAGCAGGGAAGAUAGUUUCCUUAGGCAGUAAUCUCGUGUGUGAGUGAUCUUAAUUUCGAAUUAGGCUUCUUUGUGAAGAAUGAAGACAAAAUAUUUCAAUUUUCGAAUCUAGAGAAACUUAACGGAAAUUUAAUUUCUGAAAUCUGUUUUGGAAGUUAAGAGAAUUCUUAGUGAGGAAAAUAUUUAUUUUGAAAGAAAAUUUUGUUUAUCCCUUAAAUAUCUAAACUCAUAGUACGCUUAUUCAUUUUAAUCAACUUUCUUUUCUUUUAGGAUCUGCUUGGAUGGCACUCUCUCGACCUUUCAUUGACUAUUGUAUAUGGGGUUGGGACAACUUACCGCGAACUGUCCUUAUGUACUAUGCAAACUUUAUUUCCUCUCCCGAAGGCUAUUUCCAUACUGUAAUCUGUAAUGCUCCAGAGUUUCAGAAUACCACGGUGAACAGUGAUCUACAUUUCAUAUCCUGGGACAAUCCGCCAAAGCAGCAUCCUCACUACCUAAAUGUUGAUGACAUGAAAAGGAUGGUCGACAGUAAUGCUCCAUUUGCAAGAAAGUUUCACCAUGAUGACCCAGUGCUAGAAAGAAUCGAUUCUGAGCUCUUGUUUCGGGGCAAAGACAUGCUUGUUCCUGGUGGAUGGUGCACAGGUAACCGGGAAAAUGGAACCGAUCCAUGCUCAACUGUGGGUGAUAUCACACUCCUCAGGCCUACUGCAGGUGCAAAGAGGCUAGAAAAUCUGAUCAGCUAUCUUUUAUCGAAUGAGAAUUUCCGACCAAGACAGUGCAAAUAGCAAAACCUAUUUUAGGAGGCUGAUUGUUUAUGAUAGCGGCAAAAAGUUGAACAACCAGGUAUUCAUUUCCUUUUCUGUUAGAGAAAGACUGCUCAGGGCUUGCUUGAUCCCUGUGUGUUACAGAGUUUCUACUCAAAUUUGUAUUCUGUGGGAAGAGGUUACAGAUUGCAGGAGACUUUGCAUAAGUUCUGAUCUUGAUAGUAGAAUUAUAACCAUUUUUCCUUGUAAUUAUCCGGGCCUACUAUUUCCACUCAAUGGAGCACUUCACCGAGGUGAAUUUCAUGAAAGUGAACGCAGACGAGUUUUUGUCGUUACUUUGUGUAUCAAAUUAUCCUGGAAUUUCUUUCUUUCAAUUCAUUAAUGCAAGACAAAGUGAUUUAGAGAUA